ACAUUCGAAUACUUCUUCAGUUAACACACGGCUUCGUGAGUGUUAAGGUGCGUCUCUUCGCAUUUUAAUUAAGACUUUCCCCGGACGAACUUUUUUUUUAUUCUUUGCUUGGUACAAACCAAAAAUACACGUUUUAACCGGUAAGAUGUGCUAGAAAAGGUAAAUUCUUAAGUUAAAAAAACUUGUAUCCGGUCGGUCACCGAUCGAGUGACAAGAAGAAGAAAUAACACGAAUCUCAGUUAAAAUGUUGAAAAUACCAUUACAACCUCUCAUUUUAGUCCCAUUCCUAACAUUAUUUACAUUAACCUCAACACAACUCCAACCAACAUCGAGACCUUUAAAUCCUUUCAACGAUCAUCCGACGGAUCGAUCGUAUCCACCUCAAGAAGAUAACUAUUACCAUCCCGGAAGUCGAAAUGAUGCGGACGAUAACCGCGACAUUCGUUUCCGAGACUAUCACUACGAUAGAAAAUUUAUAGACGACCCGAUUUUCAACGAAGCAACUUACUUCGUGGUAGCGUCAAAAAUGGUCCGUCCAGGUCAAUUAUAUCGAGUAUCGGUAGUUUUACUGAAGCAAAAACAACCGAUUACGGUUCGCGCUUCGAUUCAAAGAAAUGGAGUUGAAGUUAACGCAAAUCAUGUUGACGCUCAAGUUGGAAUACCUGAAACACUAUUAUUGCAAGUUCCUUUUACUUCAGCUCAAGGAAGGUAUAAAUUAAGAGUUGAAGGGUUAUAUGAUAACGUUUUGGGCGGAACAGCUUUUGUAAAUGAAACAAAUUUAGUUUUUUCACAACGUUCGUUAACGAUUUUUAUUCAAAUGGAUAAACCAAUUUAUAAACAAAGUGAAACGAUUCGAUUUCGAGCAAUUCCAAUAAACACCGAAUUAAAACCAUUUGCGAAUGUUAUCGACGUUUAUAUGAUAGAUCCGAGAGAUUUAAUUAUAAAACGUUGGCUCUCUAGACAGUCUAAUUUAGGGACAGUGAGUUUAUCUUAUCAACUCUCAGAUCAACCAGUAUUUGGUGAAUGGAAAAUAAGGGUGGUAGCUCGAGGACAAGUUGAAGAAUCGACAUUUUUAGUUGAAGAAUAUUAUCAGACAAGGUUUGAGGUUAAUGUAACAAUGCCAGCGUUUUUCUUCAGCACCGAUGAAUACAUUUAUGGAACAGUGAUGGCUAAUUAUACCAGCGGGGCCCCGGUUAGGGGUAACUUAACUUUAAAAGCUUCAAUCCGACCGAUCAGACCAAUGAAGAGAGUUGAAGAUCAACGCGAACAGAAUCAAAAUAGCUUUAGUACUCAAUUUGAUCCGUUCAAUUAUAAUGGAUUUCAGGGAGAACAAAGAGGAAAAGAUCCAAAUGAAAAAGAAAUGUUUUUAGAAUUUGAUGAAUCAUAUCCUUUUUGGUUUCAAAUUCCGGAAACUUUUUACCAUGCAGUUCCAAGCUUAAAGUUUUUUUACGGCGUUUACAAGUUCAAAUAUCCAAUGAAAGAUUUAUUACGUUACGUGUCAACUUUAGAUGACACGGAAAUUCGUAUCACCGCUACAGUCGGAGAUCGUUACUUAGACGAAAUCAUCGAAGGUUAUUCAACCGCAAGAAUAUUUGAAUCAUCAAUAAAAUUAUCAUUUUUGGGAGAAUCCCCUCAAGUUUUUAAACCAGGAAUGCCAGCAACGGUUUAUAUUGUUGCUUCAUUUCAUGAUGGAUCUCGUAUUGCUGAAGAAAGACUUAGGCUAUCUGAGCUGACAGUUUACACUUCUAUUGACAUUCGAAAUGGAGGAUCAGAACAAUUACCUGCUAAAAAGUUAUUAAUGUCUAGUGAUGACGGCGUUUGGGUUUAUAAUAUUGAUUUAAAACAAGAAUUGCAAGUAACUGGACCGGAUGCUCAACUUAUUUUAUCAAGUGUUGAAAAAAUCAGAGUUCGUGCAGUAUUUCAAGAUAUACAAGGUGGUCGAAUCGAACAAAAUCUUUUAAUGUUGGCUCAUUACAGUCCGCAAAAUAAACAUUUAAAAGUAAUGACUAGUACUGUAGAGCCGAAAGUUGGUGAAUACAUCAUUUUUCACGUCCGAAGUAAUUUUUACAUUGAUAAAUAUAGUUAUUUGGUGAUUUCAAAAGGAACUAUAUUAAUUACUGGAGAUGAAGUAAUGCAAGACUUUGUGAAUACAAUAGCGAUUACGUUAAGUGCUGAAAUGGCUCCGGUUGCGACGGUUGUUGUUUGGUAUGUAGGAAGAUAUGGUGAUGUUGUAGCGGAUAGUUUAACGUUUCCUGUUAAUGGAAUAAGUCGAAAUAAAUUUCAAGUGUUUAUAAACAACAAAAAAGCUCGAACUGGACACAAAGUUGAAGUCGCAAUUUUCGGAGAACCAGGAGCUUACGUUGGUUUAUCUGGAAUUGAUAACGCGUUUUAUACAAUGCAAGCAGGAAAUGAACUUAGUUACGCAAAGGUGAUUUCAAAAAUGUCUACAUUUGAUGAGCAAACCAACGGCACUCACAAAUACACCUGGUUAUCCCACCAAGGAAACCCCGACGAAAUCAUCAAUUUCCCAUCAUCAACAUUUGGAAUAGAUGCAAAUCGUACUUUCGAAUACAUUGGGUUGGUCGUUUUUAGCGACGUUCCAAUUACAAAACGACCAUCAUUGUGCAAUCCUCACGAUGGUUAUUUGGAGUGUCUAGAUGGUGAAUGUUAUAGUAUACAACAAAAAUGCGAUGGUUAUAUUGAUUGUAAAGAUGGUACUGAUGAAGUUGGAUGUCAGGAAAUUAACGCUACCGACUUAACUCUCUUCCGCCAACAUCGGUUUAAUAAAGUUCAAAGAUUAUAUGAUAACGUUUGGUUGUGGAGGGAUGUUAAUAUUGGUCCCCAUGGGAGAUAUAUUUUUAAUAUUGAUGUACCCCCAGUCCCCGUUCAUUGGAUGGUCUCUGCAUUCUCAAUGAGUCCUACUAUGGGUUAUGGAAUGUUAAGAAAUGCUAUUGAAUAUGUCGGAGAUUUACCUUUCUAUAUUAAUGUGGAAAUGCCAAAAGCUUGCAAACAAGGUGAACAAGUUGGAAUUCGCGUUACAGUUUUCAAUUACAUGCAAAAUAACAUUGAGGCGACUGUUGUUCUUGUAAGAUCACCCGAUUAUAAAUUUGUCCAUGUUGAAGAAGAUGGAGUUGUUGUUUCUUACAAUCCGCGAACCACGGAUGGAGAACAUCAAUUCUUCAUUUAUAUUUUGGCCCAAGACGCAACUGUCGUUUAUCUACCUAUUGUCCCAAGACGUCUUGGAGAUAUUGAUGUAACUGUUUAUGCUUCAACUUUAUUAGGCAGAGAUCAAAUAACACGAACAUUACAUGUUGAGGCGGAUGGUUUACCACAGUACAGACAUCAAUCAAUGCUUCUUGAUUUAAGUACGCGAGGUUAUGCUUUCCAAUACAUGCACGUAAACAUUACCGAAAUUCCAAUAAUUCCUUACGAAUACGAUCGUUACUAUGUUUUUGGUUCAAAUAAAGCCAAAGUAUCGAUUGUUGGGGACGUUGUAGGCCCCGUUUUUCCAACAAUGCCCAUAAACGCAUCGUCUUUAUUGGGUUUACCACAAGAAUCGGCCGAACAAAACAUAUUUUCAUUCGCAGCGACGAUGUAUACAACACUUUAUAUGCGUUAUACAAUUCAAAGAAAUAAGACGUUAGAAAGGGAGGCUUUCAAUCAAAUGAAUAUCGCUUAUCAAAAACAAUUAUCCUAUUUACAACCUGAUGGAAGUUUUAGUUUAUUUAGAAGUGAUUGGAAUCAAUCUGCUUCAUCAGUUUGGUUAACUUCUUAUGUAAUUAGAUUGUUAAAAGAAGCCACAUUUUAUGAAUGGGAAAAUUUUAUUUAUAUCGACCCAAGAAUUAUUGAGAAAAGUGUCCGAUGGGUUUUAAAACAUCAAACUCCGGAAGGAUCGUUUUAUGAGACUACUUGGUCUCCGGACCGGAAGUAUAAUGAUUCGUUGAAUUAUCCCGAUGAAACUCGCUAUAGAAAUAGAAAUAUUUCUUUAACGGCGCAUGUUUUGAUUAUGUUGGAGUCUGUUAAAGAUUUAUCAACGGAUAUUAGUAAAGACGUGGCAAAUGCCCAUUCGGCAGCAUCCCAGUGGUUAGAACGCAACAUGAAACUCCUUCGCGAACAUGGAAAACCAUUCGAACGAGCGAUCGUAGCUUACGCAUUAAUGAAAAGUCGUCAACCUCAAGCAGAAGACGCUUUUAGUAUUCUCGUUCAAAGUGUUGUAAACGGAAAUGGUUAUGCGUAUUGCGGCAGAGAGCGAUUACCAGAUCCCCCAACAAAAACUGAGAAUCAACGUCCAUUUUCUCUACCUCGUCUUCCAUACACUUAUGAUUCUGAAAAUAUCGAAGCAACAUCUUACGCCCUGUUAGUUUAUGUUCAACGUCGCGAAAUUUUAGUUGAUGCAAUGGUGAAUUGGUUAAAUUCCCAACGAUUAACAAAUGGUGGUUGGGCUUCAACUUCCGACACAGCAAAUGCAAUGAAAGCUUUAAUUGAAUAUACAGCAGCGGAAAGAAUUCGUGACGUUUCCGGAUUAACAGUUACAGUUGAAGCAACAGCUUUACCAGGGCAAUCAAAAGUUUUGAACGUCAACGAUAAAAACAGGGUUAAAUUGCAAUAUGUUGAUAUUCCAGAAGCUUGGGGUACCGUUAAAGUCCAAGCUAAAGGAACUGGGUACGCCAUUUUACAAAUGCAUGUCCAAUAUAACGUUGAUGUUGCUCGAUUUCAAACUCAACCGCCUGUUAAAGCUUUCGAUUUGUUCACGAGGGCCGAUUUUUAUGGAAGGAAUCAUUCCCAUAUUAAUUAUGUUAGUUGUCAAAGAUGGACGAAUUUAAAUGAAUCGGAAAGGUCGGGAAUGGCUGUUUUGGAUAUUACGAUUCCAACUGGGUAUAUUAUUCAACAACAAAGAUUAGAUUAUUAUAUUAGAACGAGGAGGGUUAGAAAUUUGCAAAGGGCGAAAUUUUUAGAUACCAAAGUUUUGUUUUAUUUUGAUUAUCUUGAUAAUGAAGAAACUUGUGUGAAUUUAACAGUGGAACGUUGGUAUCCUGUUGCGAAUAUGUCGAAGUACCUUCCAAUUAAAGUUUAUGAUUAUUAUGCACCAGAACGUUUCAAUGAAACAAUUUUCGACGCAUCAUCAACAUAUCAACUGACAAUUUGCCAGGUGUGUGGAAGUAGUCAAUGUCCAUAUUGCCACAUUUACAACGUAGCGUUUACAACGCCAAUACCGUUUGUGUUAAUUUUAGUAACCAGUUUUACGUUGAUUGUGCGAUAUUUUAAAUUAGAGGAAGGUGUAGUCAUUUAAAGAUAUUGAAAUAACACACAAAAACAUGUUGAAUUAAAAAACAAAAAAAAAAGAACUGUUUGUGAUCUUAAAGAUAGAAGCGAUGACCUUAGAGAUAUUAUUUUUCAUUUAUAUUUGAGCCCCCCUUUAGAUGUAAAAUAAAAAACUGUAAAAAGUAAUGAUAAUAUCAGAAAAACACAUCAGAAAAGUUGAUAAAUUAACUCUUGACAACGUAGUUGAAGUACAAAUGUGUUUAUAUACUAAAUGGAUUUUUGUUUUUUUUUAUAUAAAUAUUUGAAUAUACAGGAUGAUUGAAAUCACCCAUAUCAAAACUUUUUAUUCAAAAAGGAUGAUUGCAGCUAAAUCCACUUAAUAUGUUUUAGCUUUAUUCGAUGAAUUAUCAUUUUAACUUUCAAAGACAUUUAGGAAUAAAAUCGUUGGGGUACUUGUGGUAUGAAUCAUCCUGUAUAAAUAGUGCCUGUAUAGUUAGGUUAUUAAGUUGAAAAAAUUGCAAAAAAUUUUUUUGUAGUAGAGAAGAGGAAAAGAUUUUGCAUAAAAAUACGGUGCU